GGGAAGAGAAAGAGAUAAAAUCCCAUAAUAUCCAUGGCCCCUCAUUUACUUCACUCAAAAAAUAAGCACUCAAAACCUCCCAAAACACCAAUUCCAAUUGUUUCUCUAUUGAAUUAUUGAAAUUAUUGAUCCAGAUUAUUUAGAUUAUAAAGCUGCUGAUUUCUUGGGGUUUUUGGAGGCCAUAAAUAUAUAUAUUAGGAAUUAAUGGCUUCUCUGACUUCGAUCACACUGAACCAAUCUUCUUCUUCCCCAUUGGGAUCAUUGGCUUCAAAGCAUUGUCACCAUAACCAGAAUUCCUGCUGGCUUACAGCCGUCGGAUCAGUCAGAUCAUCAUCAUCAGCAUCCACAAGGCAACGGUUUUCGUCACAGGGCCUCAGAAUCCGUAGUGCAGCAACAAAACAAGCCAAAACGCCAGCUGAAGAGGACUGGAAGACUAAGAGGGAACUUCUCCUACAGAAAAAGGUGAGGAGUGUGGAUGUGAAAGAAGCUCUGAGGCUUCAAAAAGAAAACAACUUUGUGAUUCUUGACGUGCGCCCUGAAGCGGAAUUCAGAGAGGCUCAUCCGGCGGGGGCGAUCAACGUGCAAAUAUACAGGCUUAUAAAGGAGUGGACAGCAUGGGACAUUGCCCGCCGUGCUGCUUUUGCAUUUUUCGGCAUCUUUGCCGGCACAGAAGAGAACCCCGAGUUCAUAUCAAGUGUGGAAUCGCAGCUAGAUAAGAAGGCAAAGAUAAUAGUGGCUUGUGCCGCCGGCGGUACGAUGAAACCGACCCAAAAUCUCCCAGAAGGUCAACAGUCAAGAUCAUUGAUAGCAGCCUACUUGCUCGUCCUCAACGGUUACACGAAUGUCUUCCACUUAGACGGCGGACUUUAUGCGUGGUUUAAGGAGGAGAUGCCAUCGGUCGCGGAAGAAGAAGAGUGAAGUGCCGGUGGUGGUAGCGGUAUGAAAGAAAGAUGCUUCUACGGAGCAAAGUUUUGUUCAUAAAUGAAUGACUGCGUGCGUGUGUGCCAAUGAUUUCUCGGAUGCAAAUUGAAUGUUCUUGUAAUGAAAAUACCAACAAUGCAUAGUUCAGACAUAGCAUGGAGAAUUUGCCUCAAACCAAAGGGUUUAUUUUCUCCAAUGGUAAUUCACAAAGGUAAUUGGAGAAAACUCACAAAGUUAAGACACAGGAUGAUUGCUACAAGAUGUAUCAUCACAGCAACCGGAGAUCGUGUCCUUUCCACCACGCCCCAUGUACACAACGCGUGACAAUCCCGUAUCAAAGUUGCAACUCAUCUAGAAUAGCAAGUCAUUGAAGCACGAAAAGGUCGAAUGUUUUUAAGCUUUACAAGGUGCCAAGAGAAAAGUUAUCUUCUAUUCCACAUUAAUGGAUCAAAUGGUGAUAGCACGCGAGAGAUGAGUGAUCAUGACGUCUCUUGAAGCCUGUAUAUAGUGAUUUCUUGCUGCUUGAAAUACCGUCGGUCCUCUUCAUCAACCAGAACAAGAUUCAAAUAAUACUUCACGCUGAAUUUGUUAUUGAUGUUGCGAUGUGUUGGUGUGAGUUCAUAAGGGCUAAGAAACAAUCUAAUGGGAAUUGAUUCA